ACGUAUAUUUAAAUAAUUUUUGUUGGACAACUUAUGACUUAGGUGAGUUAUUAAUCCAAUGAGAACGAGGAUGAGAAUGUUUCUCGAUCGUUCCAUAAACAUUCUUCCCCGCUCCCAAACGGCGGCGUUUCCCUUUUCCCGUCCUCUAAGCGCCUCGUUUUGUCGUUCCCUCUUUCACCCGCUACACUCGGUGGCUGCUCAAAGAAACGAAUCCACCUGAACAUGGCCGCUCGGAGAUUCUCGGUCACCUGCAACGGCUUCACUUUCGACGUCGAUUAUGACGCCGGUGACGGCUUUCAGGUUUUCAAGUUCCAGCUCUUUUCCCUCACCUCAAUCCCUCCAGACCAGCAAAAGAUCAUCGGAGAAGAUGACGGCUCCGUUAUAUCGGAUGAUUCUGAUCUCUUGUCCUCCUCCGGGAAGCUGAAAUUGGUGUCGAUCGACGACGAAAAACACGAUGAGGAGAGCAGCGCGCGAGGAGAAUCGGGCGAUGAUACCAGUUCUUUCCUCAAAGCCGACGAGGAAUUCGCGCGAAUGCUUCAGGCGGAGGAAGAGGCGUUAAUGCUGCAGCAUGUUGUAGCUACUGAACAGAGUGAACAGUUUGAAGAGAGGCUGCGGCCAUACGUCGAUAAAGUCCUGCUGUAUGAGGAUCCAGUACGCCAAGAGGCAGCUCGGAAGACGGUUCCUGUCGAUGAGCUUGAGGAGAAGGCAUUGGUUUCUUUGGCCAAGGAAGGGAGGUUUAAGCCAACAAAGGCUGAGCUAGACCAUGCUUUCCUACUCCAGCUGCUUUUCUGGUUCAAGCAGUCAUUCAGGUGGGUUAACGCUCCUCCUUGUGACUUAUGUGGCAAUACUACUGUUAACCAAGGAAUGGGUGCUCCUCUUCCCUCUGAAACAAAAUAUGGAGGGACUAGAGUUGAACUUUAUCGCUGUGAUUCUUGUUCAACCACCACUCGCUUUCCACGCUACAAUGACCCCUUAAAGCUCUUGGAAACUCGAAGAGGUCGUUGUGGGGAGUGGGCCAACUGCUUUACACUUUACUGCCGUUCAUUUGGCUAUGAAUCUCGUCUGAUUCUUGAUUUUACUGACCAUGUCUGGACAGAGUGCUACUCCCGAGCUUUGGGAAGAUGGAUGCAUCUCGACCCAUGUGAAGCUGUUUACGAUAAACCACUGCUAUACGAAAAAGGAUGGGGUAAGAAGUUGAAUUAUGUAAUUGCAUUUUCAAACGAUGGAGUUCGUGACGUGACUAAGCGUUACACUAGGAAGUGGCUGGAGGUUUUGUCCAGGCGGAACAUCACCACCGAGCCGGUUGUAUCUGCUGCCGUCACCAAACUGACAAAUGAAUGCCGACGGAACUUCACAUCUUUAGCACUAUCCGUCCUCCAAGAUCGUGAUAACAAUGAGUCUGAGGAACUUGACAGAGAUUUACUUUCUCAAGACGAAGACUAUUCCUCUGUCUCAUUACCUGGAAGACAAAGUGGGGACAAGGAAUGGCGCCUUUCGAGAUCAGAAACCGCGCCUGACUCUAACGACUCUCUAAGCACUUCUUCCUGUCCAACUCGCACGUGCAUAGACAAGCACGUGACGAGGGUUCACAAUGCAAUUGCCUGUCUACUAUCUCAAUGUGUUGAGAAUUCGGUUCCUCGGUACAGGGUCUCCGAGAUGUCAAAUAUAUUCAGGAAGAUGCUGGUGGAUGUCAGGAAUUCUCCGCAUAAGGCGAGGAGAGUUGUAGUUAAUCCAUUUAUCAUGCUUUUGUUCCCAUACUUUGACGAGUUGCUCCGUGCUCUGUCUCUGAAGUUCGAGAUAGGUGGUUACGGUAGAGUGGAGGUGUGUCUAGCUGGAGAGCCUGUGCUUACAUCAUUGUCAUUGCCUGUCGUUUUGGAUGCACUGGAAGAUCUUAUCAACUCUCUGAACAAGAUCGAUAGUUUAGACGGAGGUCCCCUUUCUUUUCCGCUUAUAAAAUCAAACCGGAUUCAUUCGGGAAUGGUGGUUGCAAGUGGCGAAGAACUACCUUUUGGAAUUGCGACCUCGGCGUUUGAUGGAUUACGAGCUUCCAAAUGGGAGGAACCAAACGGUUCAAAAGGUGGAUGGAUCUUGUACAGACUAAAAGACGGCAUGGCAUGUGAAUUAGCGGCUUAUGAGAUAACAUCUGCCAACGAUGCCCCGGAGAGGGAUCCAAUGGAUUGGGUUGUAGAAGGAAGCACUGAUGGUGGAUCCAACUGGUACAUUUUGGACAAACGAGCUUCCCAGGUGUUCGAAGAUCGAUUUCAGUGUCGAUCAUUUGAAGUUCAGCGAAAAGGUCUUUCCUGCAAUGUCUUCAGGUUCCGGUUUCUGGCAGUGAAAGAUAUUCAAUCUACUUCCCGGCUGCAACUGUGUAGUAUCAACAUGUAUACACAGUUAUUGCUUGAACUCUCUGAUUUUGAAGUCAUUGAUUAGGGCAAAACCCCACACAUGUUUCAUAUGUAUUUCAACAUCUGUAGCAUUGGCAUUCAUUUUUUAUUAGGUAAAUGCUAUUUAUUAGUCUUCAAACAUCAGGAACUUUGAUGGGUGUUUUGGUCUGUACUUCAUUAUGCAUGAACAACUAUCUCUUAUCGAAUCAGUAUUUGUUUGAUCGGGUUGGGCCGCAUAUGUAUAACCCGUUGCACUUGUGCUUCUUUAUUUCUCUUCUUUUAUGUUAUAAAACAGAGCUGGGUAAUGUGUUAGUAAGAAAACAAUGGAAAUUGA